UGCUGCAUGUUUGCCAAGCCUUUGAAGAACUAGUUUUACAAGGUGCUUCUAUCAUUGGAGUCAACUGCCAUUUUGACCCAGAUACCUCCUUGGAAACUGUGAAACUAAUGAAAGAGGGCUUGCAGGCUGCUAAACUGAAAGCCCACCUGAUGUCCCAACCACUUGCUUUCCGUACACCUGAUUGUGGGAAGCAGGGUUUUAUUGAUCUUCCAGAAUUUCCCUUUGGUCUGGAGCCAAGAAUUGUAACUAGAUGGGAUAUUCAAAAAUAUGCAAGAAAGGCCUAUGACUUAGGAAUUUGUUUCAUUGGAGGCUGUUCUGGAUUUGAGCCAUAUCACAUCCGAGCAAUAGCUGAGGAGCUGGCUCCUGAAAGAGGAUUUUUGCCAGAAGCUUCUGAGAAACAUGGUAGCUGGGGCAAUAGCCUGAGCAUGCAUACCAAACCCUGGGUCAGAGCAAGGGCAAGAAAAGAAUACUGGGAGAAUCUGAGGACUGCUUCAGGCAGGCCAUAUUGUCCUUCAGUCUCAAAGCCAGAUGGCUGGGGAGUGACCAAAGGAACCAGGGAGCUGAUGCAACAGAAAGAAGCAACAAGUGAACAACAGCUGAAAGAGCUCUUCCAGAAACAGAAGUUCUAAUCCACUGCAGUUGUCUAAAUGUUAAAAUGAUUUAUCUACAGACCAUCUCAUGAUUCACAAGAAAAUCUGUGAAGAUGAGUACCUUGUUGAUUUAUCAGUUAACAUGUAAUGCAAGAGACAAAAUGCAAAAAGAAUAUGAUUACGGAUUAAAUAUGUCAAGCUGAUAAUAAAAUCUUUCUCUGGACGAAUAGCUUAGAGAAUACACAGUCAGAAGGAGGUUUGGAUUCUCAUAAUAAUUGAGCUGCUGUUAGCUAGGUGCCAUUAAUUGGGUAGACACAGAAAUACAUGGAAAGUAAUAAUUGGCUCAACUCACCUGUG